CUAAAAAAAUAUAAACAUAAACAUCACUGUUACGUUACAGCUGUUACAGUAGGAUAGGAAAAUAACGGCAGUGCAAAACGCGUACAUAACAUUAGCCAUAAGCAUUAUGGAACUGAGUUUGGGAACUGAUCUGUCCGAGCUUUGUCGCGUCUGCACACAGGACGUCGCCUUCUCAUCAUCGGAGAACAUCUAUGUACAGGCAAGCCCAGACUGCCUCAGUAUUUACACGAAGCUCAAUGCAAUCUGUUCUCAGAUCUUUGCUGCCGAAUAUGACCAAAAGUCACAGCCAGUAGAAUCGCAUAGAAUGCCACAAACCGUGUGCUCUGAUUGCAGGUCAAAAAUUGAAUCAGCAUACAGGCUACACCAGACAUGCAUUGAAAGCCAUCGGAAGCUGUGGGAAAUGCUGACGGGUUGCCCAGCACCCUCGACAGUAAAACAGGAAAAUGAAGCUAUGGUACCAAUAGAAGCCACACAGCCACAACAACAGUUCGCAGAAGUGUUCGUGGAAACCCUUGAUCCGGAAAAGGAAGUUGCUUCCAAAGCCCAAGUGGAAGACGAAAGUACCGAUAGUAAGACAGCUGCGGGGAAGUCUCGGAAGCCUAGGCAAUAUCGCUGUGAACGAUGUUCUGCCACGAUGAACCGUCCCUUUGCCGUAAAGAAGCAUAUGAAGCUGAAACACCAGGAUGAGAUUUUUUACUGCUCCAGCGGUCGUUGCGAUGAAGUAUUCUUUACCGAGGAAAAAUUGGAGGAACAUAAACUUAUACACUCGACAGGACUACGCCACGCGUGUCACAUUUGCCAAAAACGAUGCAAGUCGCUUUACUAUCUGCGGGAACAUAUGCACAACCACACUGGUGAGACUCCGUAUCUAUGUCCAGAAUGUGGCAAAGCAUUUUCAAACAAGCCCAGCCUGCGACAGCACCUUGUCCGUCACUCCGAUGAAAAAGCUUUCGUUUGUUGUCAGUGUCCGUCCAAGUUUCACACGAAGGGUGCUUUAAAGGUUCACAUGCUGACGCACACCAAGGAAAAGAACUUCCCCUGUGAGACUUGUGGAGCUAGAUUCAAUUUGAAACACGCGCUCUUCUCCCAUAUUAUGGUUCACACGAAUGAACGACCACAUGGUUGCAACAUCUGCGAUAUGAAAUUUAGAACAUCGGACCACUUGAAACGGCACAUACGUACCCACACGGGAGAAAAACCCUACAAAUGUUCCACCUGCGAUCGUUCGUUCGCCCAAAGCAACGACCUGGUCAAGCACAGUAAAACCCACUUUGGCGAGAAUCCCUACCAGUGUGAUAGGUGCGAAGCGUCAUUCCGUUUGAUAACGGACCUACGGAAUCACUAUAAAGUACAUUUCCAACCGGGUGAUAACGAGGAAUCUGAUACCGUACAGAACCUGGCUGCCCGGCACUUGGAAAAACAGGACAGCAGCGAUGCGCCUGAUGUGAUACAGUUCACUAUCGUCAGCACGCUCAACAGACGGGCCGAGCAGGAGAAGAAACGUGGCAAGCUGAAAGCCAAACCGCAAUCGGAUGCCCAGAGGGAUGUCGAGAUGGUUCAGACAAUUUUGGCAGAUCUUUCGGAGUUUCCCUUGGAAAUGGACAAUAGAAACUGAUCUGACUGGGA